GCGCUGCUGGUGUUGUGAGAUGACAACAUCGCAGUUUGUAUUCAAUUUGUCAUCAUUAUUGUUUGACUCAACAUUUACCAUCUACCUCAAAAUUUCAAAGAAGUGUAAAUGUGAUGUAAAUUGUUACAAAUCAAAGUGUGUUUCUUUGGACGUUCGUAAACGAGCGAAUACAUUCGAAUGCGUCCGUGGGAAAAGUACAUUGCUCUGUAAAAAUGGCGGGUGUGUUAUCUUUAGGGGUUGUGUUUUUGUCGAAUUAGGAGAAAGUUUGACGGAAAAAGUUAUAUCAAGAUAAAUUGUACAUUUUCAUCAUUAAUUCCAUGUGCGAGAACGGCAUGUGGUGCUCGAUUCUUUGACAUUUGUAGCGGCAAUUGAUCCGCUCAAACGGCGCAGGUGUCAUAUAAAUUGAUGAAAUUAUCAGCAUGUCUCGCUGGGGAAGAGGCAGAAGCGGCAGCGUUGCUGUGCCGCUGGACAGCGCUCUAUUCAGAGAAAACAGUAACUGCCCAUCGGCGGCGCGUUCCGCGGGAACAGUGGGCAAAUGGGGAAUCACUAGCUUUACGUCCAUCAGAAGUGCUCCUUACGCAUAUCAAGCCAGUGCACAUAAGAAACCUGUGCAGGAUCAAAACAGCCCUUUAACUGUUCCUGCUGUAGAAACUGAACAACCACCUCCUAAACCUAAGAAAUUUUUUAAAUCUCGAAAUGCCGAACCAUAUCCACCAGUACCGCAGAUCAUCUACGCCCCACCGGUACCCGCUGCACCACUCUCACCUGAACACCACUCAUCCACCAAGGAAAAGAAAACAAAUAAAAGGUCAAGGUACAAUCGAGAUUCUUCUUCACCAGAGUUACCAAGGCGUAGUUUUGAUAAGAGUAAAACAAAAAAGGGUGUAGCUACAAAGGCAUCGAAAAAGGAGGAGGGGCAGGAUAAUUCUCAACCACCAAACAAGCGUUAUUUGGUGAGGAACAGGGACAAAGUGAUCAAUUAUGCCGAAGACGGUAGCAAUAGUCCAAUACCAGAAUUUACCAGAUAUGAAUCUUUACCUAAAUCGUCUUCACCCAAAGCGAGCCCAUUAGUUUCUAGCCCGGCACCUGCAAAAACAGAUAUUGCGAGUCCUUCUACAAGUAAGGAGAAAGAAAAGAAGGAGGAAAUUAAAGAAAAUAGUGAGGAGAAGAAACCACCACCUAUAGUACUCAGAAUAUCUAAGGGAACAUCCAGAAUUGUAAGUACUGAUUCAAAUGAAGGAUUCACAUCUCCAGGCUCAGAUAGACAUUCGUCAAUGGAUACACACUCUGACUAUGGAACACUAGAUCACAAAAAGAGUCCAUCAGUUGAAACUAUCUGUUCACCGAAACAUGAGGGGCUCAAGAUCACUAUUAAAUGUGCUGGUCUACUUCAAGAAACAAAGAAAGAAAAGAAAAAAGACAAAAAAGAUCACAAAUCUCACAAGCGUCACCAUAAAAAUAAUGAUGAAGAAAAUCAUAAAAAAGCUGCAUCACCUCAACCUGGUUCAGAUGCUUAUGAUCUGUAUAAAACCCUAGCUUCACCAAUGCAGGAAACUGAAAAGGAUCCCAAAAGCAAAUUAGUUGACAAUAUUGAAUCAGAGUUAGCUACUCUUGAUUCUACAACAAGCAUAUCUCGCACACCUGAAUCAGAAAAGCAAUCUAUAGAACCUCAGCCUGAACCUAAACCACCAGAAGGUGGAAGGUCCAGGAGAAAUAGACCAAACAUCAAUUAUCGUGAGAAUGAUGAUGACCUCGAUUCUGUAGUGAAAGGGUUAACCAGCAGUAAAUAUACAAAGACAGUAGGAGAAAUCAAGAGGGAGACUAGAAGAACGAGGAAAAAGCAGGAUGCACCAGUAGACACUCCAUCCCUUGCCAGUGCUUCCUCUCCCAGAGUGGAGCCAGAAGUAGAAAAUCAACCAGAAUCUCUUGAGCAUAAUGACUUGAUUGAUAUAUUAUCUGGUGACGCAGAGAAAGAAAAACCAGAACCUUUACAGAAAUUGAAAUUACCUAAAAAAUUAAAAGUUAAACACAAUAAGAGUCCUCCUACUGACAAAGUUCCUGAGAAUAUUGAAAGUAAUGAGCAGGCUGCAAACAUAGAACAUCAAAAUUCCGAACCUAUAGACACUGUUCAAACACAAGAUGUCAAUGAGGCACAAUUACAGACACAAUCAUCGGACUCCGCUUACAACAGUUGUCCAAAUGAGCUGUCCGAGGAGGAAUCACAAAAGUGUCAACAAGAAGAAGUUUUCAAAUCCCCCCGAGGCUUAGACGCUGAGGAAACCUCUGAAGAGAAACCUAGUGUUAAAUUAGUUAUUACAAAGAAAAAGGGUUCCAUAUUCAAAAGCAAAUCCUUGGUCAAUGACAACCAAUCAUCACCUUUGCCAGCUCGAAAACGGCGGCAUCUAUACCGACAUGAGUGGGCGAACGAUAAAGGUAAUGAGACACCAAGACCAGAGCAAACGGGGACACCAGAAACAGGAAAUGCUGUCACUCAAAAUUCCGAGGAACUCACGAGGGUCACCAGAUUUAGACCUGAUCCAAUCAUCGCAGAUCCAAUAAGUGAACCUGUCAAACCAUACACAAGUGUGCGGUGUAAUAAAGAAGUUAAAGAGUUCUACACUGUGGUACGUAACGUGAAGAAGGCUCAUCAGAUACAAGAAAUUGGAGAGUUCCAAGAGUUUAAUGAUGAUGUUGAAUAUCUAUUGGAUGCAUGUCAGGACAAUAAUCCAAUAUCAACGCGAUGUCUGUCAGCUAUAACGCUGGCCAGCAAGUGCACAGCGCCGGCGUUCAGGAUGCAUCUCCGAGCACACGGCACUGUUCAGAAAUUCUUCAGUGCUUUACACGACGCUACGAAUGAUCAGAGCCUGGGCUUGUGUACUGCUACAGUGAUGUUUGUGUUGUCUCAAGAUCGACUCAACAUGGACUUGGAUCGGGAGUCACUUGAGCUUAUGUUGAAUCUACUUGAAUCUGAUGUGUCACACAAGAAUGCACUCGAUGACUGUGGCUUGACUUCUGCUCAACUCACGAAAACGCAAGAGAGAGUACGGGAACUGUGUGCAGAAAUAAAGAGUCAAGGCAACACUAACCAUUUAGACUUGGACAACAUUACUGUGGGCCACCUAGCGAUGGAGACGCUACUCUCCCUCACAUCGAAGCGUGCAGGCGAAUGGUUCAAGGAGGAGUUACGUAACCUCGGUGGAGUUGACCACAUAGUCCGCACGAUACAGGACUGCGCCGCGAGGCUCGAAUCGCCCGCGGCGGAGUGGGGUAGCGCGCAGCUAGAUGUGCUACGUAAAGCGGACCGAUGCAUGCGUGUGCUAGAAAAUGUGACUCAACAGAACGAAGCUAACCAGCAACACUUGGUGAGCGGUUCCCUAGGCGCGGCGACUACGCUAUGCGACUUGCUGCGGCGCUGCAUCACGGAGGCGCGCGUGACGACAGCGGACGUGACGUUACACGACGCGUUGCUGCACGCAGCGCUGCCAGCGCUCAAAGUGCUAGUGAACCUCUCGCACUGUUUCUCACCUAAUUCGUCAGCACUCGGAGCACAAGUUGUCGGCGAGCAACCGUCGAUUAUGGAGAUCUGCCUGAUUGUUCUGAACAACCAAGAAAACUUCAUACCUGACAACUUGAAUUUCGACUUCAAUGUUUGUGUGCUGAUGCUACUCAUGAACCUGGUACAAAACAACGAGGUCAACACGCAGCGGCUGCUCGGCACGCGCAUCCGUGUGGACAGCGCACGUGACGUCAUCAGCCGCAGUGUCGCCGCGCUAGACCUCAUUGUAGACUUGUUCUACACGAGAGAGGAGCUCGCCAGGAAAGUAGAAGAAAACACAGAUGCACUGCUCGAUGGCAAGAAAGAUGAAGACAGUGAAAAGGGUGAAAAAGACAACAAAAAGCAAUCUCAAGAUGAUAUAGAUGAAACAGUUACCAAAUUGUUAGCUCGAGCGGGCGCGCACAUGGAGCACACGAUGGUGGGCGCGUACGUGGCCCUAGUGCUGGGUCAAGCGGCGGUGGCGGUCGGCGUGGACGCGCUACGCCCGCGCCUGCCCGCCUUCGCGCCGCUGCUGCCCACCUUGAGGAAGUACUACAACUUCCUGUCCCUCACCGCCAGUGCGGAAGCGGGUAUUGUAGCGCACGUGAAGUCGACGCAGCGCAUCAUUCAGUUCAUGGAGGCCAGCGACAAGGAGAACGCAGCGCACGUGCCCGCCGCGCCCUACAGCGCCGACUCGUACGCCGCACGGUACGAGGCGCCGCAUGCCCCGCCCACCGCACGCUACGAGGCCACGCCUACAGCCCGCUACGAGGCCCCGUCCACCGCUCGCUACGAAGCCCCGCACGCGCGAUACGAGGCGCCGCACGCCUCCCGCUACGAGGCCCCGCAUGCGGCGCGGUACGAGGCCCCGCUAGCACGGUAUGAGGCCCCGCCCGCGCUCGACGUGCCCCAGGACAUGUCGCUGGCGCACCUCGCCAGCCCCAUGCAUCCCGCGCACGCUCAUCUACACCCCUACCAUUAGGGCUGUCUCGCUUGACGCUUCGAUAACUUGUGGAAGAAAGACAAAUUAUUUGUGGAAAGUGCAAAGAACGAUAACAAAGCUCUCGAAAGAGCUGUUCACUUAGCGAAAAGCGUCGUCCGCGUGUAGGUUAGUGAAAGAUUAUAAGGAAUUUAGAGUCGGCUUUUAAUUUGUAGGUGAGCAAUAUGGAUUUAGCUAAAGUUAUUAUAGGAGGCGACGACAUUAAAAAAGGAGCUGCUAUAUCAUUUGUGUUUAAGUCAUAAGACACUUUUUGAUACCUUUCCAAAACAAGAGAUAAAUAAAAUAGUACAGUUACAAUAAAUUUUAAAUCAAAUCCAUAACACAAUUUUUGUCAUGAUUCUAAAGUUUAGAACAUUCUAAUAUUUUGAAACCUAAAUGUCUUUUAACUUUACCAUAACAAACAAAUAAAAAUAGUCACCAUCAUGUUAUUCAGAUCCAGCUGAAUAAAAUGCUUUGAAUACAUCAAAGCAUUUUAUUCAGCAGUGUCAAUAUUGUUUAAUAUUUGCCUUAUGUAGUGCGAAUCUAAAAUAAAUAAUAGGCGACUGAUCACUAUGUGUUGUAUGUGUCCUUAUUAGUAAAUUUGUGGCGUCUUUGUGUCCGUUUCUUUGAUGUUCAUUCUUUCGACUACUUAAAUGUUAGAUAGUAAAUUCUGUAGUUUGUUGGACGAACAAAUGAAAAGUCCUGUAUGAAAUAUUUUGUUAGUGACAAAAUCUCUAAUAAAAGGUGACCGCAGAUCUGGCCGCACGAGCCACAAUAUUUGCGAGUUUGCCUUUAUUUAUAAAUUCGUAAAUAGCGACUCCGCCAGAUGUACGCUCACCUUAAAAUACCGUAACCAAUGUUUAGUGUACCUGAGAGUAUUCAUUGAAUGUUGUAUUCGAUGGACAAAGUGAAGCCCUAAGUCGAAAUGUAUAAAUUCCACAAGCGAGUGCUCGGCCCCUUUGUAAUAACGUCUCCCCUCCCUUGAAACUUGUAAAUAUACUCUGGUAAGAUGUUAGUCGUUGGUCGCGGGUGUUAUAAAAUCUUAAUAAAAUUGAGAUAUUUCCGAGUUUAAGCCACUCGCGUGGCAAUAUAAAAGUGCAAAAAUAGCGUAAGUGUAUGAUAGAUUUGUAUUGUUCUAUGUGAAUAUUGUGUUGGCACUUGUAUUAUAGACGAGAGUUAUAAUUUAUCGAGUUGGCACAAUCUUUAUUGUAAAUAAAAAAUUAGUUACUAGAUACUGUUGAGUUGGUUAGGUCAAUUUGAGGUUACUUGAGAUUCUGUGCGUAUAGGUGCAUAUCGACACUACAAAAUUUGUUUAUGCAUAAUAUACGAAAGUCUGACAUUGUUUUUAUGGUACAUUAUUUUUUAGAUUUUUUACCCGGUUUAGCAAAACCUGUUAUCGUUCUAAAACUAUUAUGUGACAGUAUAAUAUGUCUUGGUUAAACAUACACGUUUAUAUUAGCGUAGGACAUUGACUGAUUUGUGUUUACUUUUUCUUUCUGCACAUAUUAUACUAUUUGAUAGUAAAAUUCUUUUAAAGACAACAUUGUUGUUUUUAAGACAGUUUUACUUGCACUAUGCUUCUUAUUUAGCAAAAAAAAAAAAACUACAUCACAAUGGGUGUAGCUACGAAUAAUAAAAACUAGUGUAGUUUAUUCAACAUGUUGUUCAUAUUGGUAUGAUUACUGAAUACAGGGAAUAAAAAUUGACAUGAUCUUCGCCUAAUUCUAGGCGAAUAUCAACUGCUCAAAUUCCCUCUACUCAGGGACUGUACCGAUGCAUAUUAUAUUCCAAGAUACCCAACUUCGAUGCUAUGAAAAUAAUUUGUAUAUUUACUGUUCAAUUUGUAGCCACGACAAGACAAGAAACACGCGCAAAAAUAAGAUUGAAAUUGCAGCUACAAAAAUCUCACUAAUACUGUUCAAUAAAAAUCUUUGUCGGCUUUCGGAUCGCUAUGAAAAUGCUACCCUUAUUUAUUAAACUUUAGAUGGUAUUUAUUUGUCGAUAGAAAAAUUAUAGUAAUCUUACAAUGAAUUUUGAAGUUAAAUUUAAGUGCCAUUUAUUUUGGCACAUUAUGUGACUAGAGCCAGUUAGGUAUAGUUUUAUUCUCCGAUUUUUAUUUAUAUGUCAGCGGGGCCUCGAUUCAAGGCUCCUACCUUUUUUAUGUUAUGUAUCAUGUGGAACGUGGAAAAAUUGCUGCGACAGCUUUAGUUAUUUUUAAGGUUUUUUUUGUAAGUGGCAGGUCUUUUGCGAGGUGUACUCGACUAACUUAAGAAUUUUAUUUAUAGACUGGGAAAUUAUUGUACAGUUUUAUCGUUUCUUAAACGCCUAAAUUAUAUUUACGUAAUUUAUUGACUUAAAGGUGUAUCGAUAAGCGUAGCUUCUAAUGCAUUUCGUUGAAAGAAAUCACUUUUUUAUCACACUACAUUUUAAGUAAUAUUAUAUGUUGUUUUUAGAUGAUCGAGAGUUUGAUAUCUUAAAAUUAUUAUUGUAAAUGUAUCGUGUAAUUAUGUUAUAAAGUAUUACAUGUAAUUAUUAAAAGAAGGACGAUUUAAAUA